UCUGACACACACCGGUGUAUCGAAUGAGAAAUAAUCCGGACCAACAAAUAUAGUUUCGACGAUAUCAUAUUUAUCUUUUAAUUGUUCCUUUUGACGAAAGAUCAUCUCACCGGCUGCUGCUGUUUGAUAUGUUUUGAUAAACCACAGUGAUCUCUCAACCGUAUGACUUAAUAUUGUUUCAAAGUAUCAUCAUUACCUUUGCGCUGUAUACAUUCAAAUCGAUAGAAUGGAUUCUAUCAUCGGAACACAAUGGGUAGAUUUUACUGAAGCUAUUAGCCCACCAGUACCAAUGAAGGAUUAUUUUGAGAAGGAACAUGCGAUACAUGGACGCAUACAGGAGCUUAGCGAUUUAACUACAGAGAAUGCUGAGAAUAUGCCCAUCAAUGUGCUGUGUGUAAACAAAGAGGCACAACAAGAUCUUGACAUUAUAAAGAAUACCCCUGUCAAAGUCAUUUCCCCAAAAUAUCGUAAGAAGACGACAAUGACAGCAGAGAUAACUUACGAUCAGGUACUUACUGAUGCGAUGAAAAAAUUGGAACUCUGUAAGAAGCCGCUUAAGGCUCGAAGUGCAUUAAACAAAACCGUUCAGGAACCCAACACUUUCAAAACACCGAAUAUGUCGAUCAUAAAAUUAUCCAGAUCUGUCGGCUGUCGCAGUGUACCGAACAAUGUCCAAUCUAGCAAUGGUACAUCUGUGGUAACUGAUGCGCCACAGAAGAACGAUGAUACAAAUAUACGCCAAACGAGAGCAUUAACCAGUUAUUCUCUAUCCGAAGGAGAUGUUGAAGAAGACCAUAUUGUGGGGGAAGAUAAUGUGACGUUGCACGAUAAGACGGAAGAGGUAACGGAGGAACAGAAUGAUGUCGCUAUGGUCGAGACGCGUGGUCGAGCGCAACACGGUAAGCCACGUUCCUCCGUCCUGACUUGGCAGAACGGCAGACGAACAAGCCUGAACAAGCGCCGGGGGUCGAGUCGUUUUGUCAGCCUGGCGGAAGCAGUGUCGCGCUUUCAAAAUGAAACACCCAAGCGUUUCCGCACUAGGCGUAACAAGGACCUCGUGUCGCAAGAUCCGCCGUCGAAGAAGCCAUUGAUGCAACGUCUGAAGCCGACGAUACCGAUAUCACCGGCGCUCGUGUCGAAGAAUAGGACGCGCACAGUCACCGUGCUGAGCCAGGAAGAGCGCGAGAAGCGGGAAAUGGAGGAGAUGAAGAAGAAUCCGAUCAAGGCGAAUCCGGUGCCACUGAGCGUUCUGCGCGGUCCUGUACGCGCUACAACGAAGAGCAACGUCACGAAGAAGCCAACGGAUAAUUCGUCACAGCGGUCAAUGGUCACCUCAAUUCAGCCGAAGAAUCCUGGAGUGUCGCGCCACGAUAGGUCGUCGGCGAAGAACACCGUCACGAAGAUAUUGGUGAGCGAUCCGAACGGGAUCCUCGUGGAGCACGAAGAGAUACCGUACUUCGGCGUGCCCAAGGAGAGCGCGAGGAGCGUGACGCGCGUCGUACCGUUCAGCUUCGAGGCGCGCAACAAGGAUCUGCAGAUGAAGAAGGAACAGCGACUGAAGAGCCUGCAGGAGGCGGGUAAAACGAAGAUGGAAUUCCACGCUAGACCGGCGCCGAACUUCUCCAAGCCACCGUUAACUACGUCACCGCCGAAGCAAGAAAAGAGGAGGACGAUGGUGGUACAGCAAUGCCCGUUUAGCUUCGAGACACGUGACAAAAAUUUGCCGAAGAGGAAGGAGGAAUUGGCGAAGCAGAUGCUUGAGGAAGACAAGCGGAUGCGCGUGUUCCGCGCGAAUCCGGCGCCGGUCUUCAAGCCCGUGAUGGUACGCGGCGUAUCCAAGGAGCGUCUAUCGGCGAAGGAGAUCGGAAAGACGGACGACCAGGAGAACGAGGAGCCGAAUAUCGAGAAGAGCUCGCGGGAGAGCGGAAAGUGUGCGCGAAAAACUGUUAACGGCCGAGAAGAAAUGAUGAAAGCAACGUUGGAAUUGAACACUGAUAAGAGAGCGAGGGAACGACGCGAAUUCGACGAGAGAUUGAAGCGAAAGGAAAUGGAGGAGAUGGCCAAACGUCAGGAAGAAAAGAGGAGGCAGGAGGAGAACGAGAAGCAGAUGUGGGCUGAACAGCGCAAGCUGGCGGAGGUGAGGGCCAGACCCAUGCCGAUGUACAAGCCGAUGAUCAUCGCUAAGGCAACUAAGAUGCUGACUGAACCGCAGAGUCCCGCGUUAAGUAAGAAACACAGGCAAGCAGCAAAGCACCCGACUAAAUAACGCCCAUGUUAGAAUUUCUUCUUCGUUUUCCUCGAGUCGCUUGUAUUGUCUAUUCGACUUUCCAAAAUAUCACUCUAUGCUCCAUUACGUCUUGCUGAAAGAUGCAACAUAUUUCUCACUUUAUAUUGGGAUAUAUAUAUAUAUAUGUAUGUUUGUGUAAAAGAGUUGGUACAAAAAAAAAACAAUGUAGUGAGGCGUACAAAUAAAAGCCUAUCGUGAUGUUUCGUCUUUCUAAUUCCAGAUUAGUAUUGCGCUAUAUAGACACUGGUGAAUUCCAAUGGGUUUCGUAAUUUUAUAUUUUAAAUAAAAAAAUAAUACACAUUGUUCA